CUACAUAGCAACAGGCCAGUGAGCCUUGUGCCACAUUAGCAUUCACCACAGACAAAACCAGAGACCCUCUUGACAGAAAUGGAAGAUAUCAUUUGCUUAUGACCUCAGAUGGGAAUCUUCUACCAUCUUGCAGAUAAACCACUGGAUAAGAACAGUACAAUGUGAGAAGAUCAUGCUCCAACAUGUCAGCAUACCGGUACAUCCUGCGGGCUGUGUUUACAUGGACAUUCAGGGGAAUACUCUGCACCUGUAGGUUCCUUUGGAUUUGCCCAUACAAUGCAAUCAAGUUCUUGCCGAGAGAAAAGCACGUCAUCGAGGACAAAAGCAGACUUUCAAAACGACCUGUGGAUUCGGAGCAUAAAGUGACUGCAGCCAUUCCAGGGAGCCCUGACCGAAUAAAUGCACUCCAUACAAGACUGAACAAAACAGAUAAAGAGAUCCACUCGCUCAAAGCCAGGAUCGCCUGUGAGAGAGCAUCAUGGGAAAGGAGAUUUGCAGAGCUACAAAGGCGGCAGGAAGACCUUCGCAAUCAGCUAGUCUCCGAAACGGGAGUUGUCUUGAAAGUGGGCUCUUUUGAAGACCGGGGAGAGUCAGGAGUAGACAAUGGAGACAUAUUCGAUGAGUACUCAAGAGGACUUCACCAACGCAGAAGGUCGGAGGUGUCAUCAAGAAGCGACAGCUCUGCGAGCAGUUUGUUAGGCAGCCAGCUGUCCUCAUCAUCAGCACUGAGCUCAAGACCUGCUUCCUCUGCAUCUUCAACUUCCAGUUUGCGAUCGUGGAGAACGUGCCAUGCCCCACAUCGCGUUUUCGUCCCCCACUCGCCUAUGGACCUGCAGCUAGGUCAUCGGGUCAGGAUCAUGCUGCCAUCUGGCAGGAUCAGCACUGGAACCAUUCGUUUCCUGGGACACCUGCAGGGGGAGGCAGAUCUCCACCUUGGGGUGGAGCUACAGACUCCUGAUGCAGCAUUGUGUGAUGGGAGUCACAAGGGACGGAGCUAUUUUGAAUGCAGACCGGGUCAUGGUGCCUUUGUACCAUUCCACAAACUACUGAUGGCCUGGGAAUAACAGAAACACAAGCACGCAGAGCCAGCUGCAGAGUAGCGGACCAACUGAGGGCAGACGUUAGUUCUCGUCAUGUAUAACUAAUUACACAGUAUUGUAUGGGUUUAUAUGAGAGUACAAAGUAAAACCUGUGUAGUAUUGUGUCAUGUGUGUCUUACCACAGAAGAGACGUAUAUUAAAAUGUCAUUCACGAGAAAAAGAAAACAAGAAGAGGCGUAUAUUAAAAUGUCAUUCACGGGAAAAAGAAAACAAGCAAGAAAGGAAUGUGAUUGUAAACCAGUCAAGCACAGUAAGAUGUGUUUUCUUGUCUUCAAUAAUUUGCCUACAGGCUCUUCACUUAAAGUCAAAAUGAGCACAGAUACAAUAAAAGGCUGCAAAACACAGCAUAUUUCCAAGAUCAGAUUACAUUAUGUUAGUAAUACACUUACCAGAGAAUUUGUGCGUAUAAUGGUGUAAAUAACAUUGCCCACUGUGGCACGAAAGAGUAUGUGAAGCCACACCAGCCUAUUUCACAACAGACUAACAUAAUAUGUACAUGAGCCAUUCAAGAAAUUGUUAAAAGAUUUUCCAAUCACAUUUUGUUCAUUUUUUUGUGCUUUCAGAUUCAAUUAAAAUAGCAUUGGAGACAAAACUUGUAGGGAAAUAAUACAAGUCGGAGACAAAACUUGUAUGAAAAUAAUACAAGUCGUUUGCUUACUUUCAGUCAACUGUGUUGCACAGAAAAGUCGUAUCUCUGACUGCUUUCAUGAGCCACGUUCUGUUGAAACUACCUCUGGGUGGUUCGCAUGUUUCACAUUUUUGAAGUAGUCAAAACAGAAAGGUAUCUGUAAAUAAUACAAAUAACCAAGAUUACAUUGCUUUGCCUUGGGGUUUGUGACAGUGUUAUUGUACAAAAGAGUUAUUUGUGUAACGCAAAUAUGUCAACUAUAGUCAAAACCUGUAUUUGCAUACUGCGCCCUGUACUUGCACACUGAAUGCUGUGGAUUUUUUUUUUGGGUGCUUCCUCAAACUAAAAUACUGUUUCAGGUUGGAUUUUUACAUAUCCAAGCAUUGCAAAGACACAAUAUUACUUCCUAUUUGGCAGCUUGGCAGCGUAUCAAAUAUUAAGCUAUCCAAUUGAUAAUUUUCAAGAUAUUUCAGUAUAGAUCAGUGAUGUGGACUGACUAAUGAAGGGCAUUGCCAACCUUGUUAUGAAAGAAAGAACCCUGAUUAAACUGUUUUGAAUUCAAGCAUCCAGAUACAUAUGUAAUGUCUGUCCUAUGCCUUUAAAGUCACUGAAAAAAAGAACAUUGUGCAGCUGUGACACACUGAUCAGUAGCUCCGGUCACAUGUUUUUCUUUGCAACAUCUUGUGAUUUUCUAAUGAGGUUUUUUCUUUCUUUUCA